AUGAAUGAACCUACUUCUGGUUCUGAAGACUGGACUCCGUCCGGUACCACGCAGCUCUCCCGCGCCUCCUGCUCCCGGUUCGGCGUCGACUUUCUCCUCUCCCCGUGGCCGUGCAGCCCUCACCUCCUACCGGGAGAAUCCGGCAGGGAGAGCCGCUCCUCCCCGGAGCUCAGCCCGCGCUCCGACUGCACCUCCUCACCUCCUCCUCUCACCCUGCAGCCCGGACAGCUGGUGCCGCUCCGGCGCCGCUCCGGCGCCUCCUUUCUGAUCCGAGACAUCCUGUCGGACUGUGACGCGGGGUGCGUGGAGGAGUCCGGCAGAGACACACAGCUCCAGCGUGCCGCUCCGGCGGGCGCGCGGCGGAAGAAGCCCCGGAAGUCGCGCACGGCCUUCAGCGAGCAGCAGCUCGCGCAGCUGGAGCGCAGUUUCCAGCGUCAGAGAUACGUCAGCGUGCAGGAGCGCGUGGAGCUCGCGGCAUCGCUGCAGCUGAGCGACGCUCAGGUGAAGACCUGGUACCAGAACCGCAGGACCAAGUGGAAGCGGCAGACGGCGGUGGAUCUGGAGCUUCUGUUGGAGGCGACAACCUUCUCCGCCCUGCACCGGAUGAUCUCCUUCCCGCCUCGUUUCAACCACAGUCUUGUCGGAUUCCCCAGCGUGGACCCAGUACCGGCACUCUGUCUGUCCCGGGACUCGGUCUGUCCCGGGACUCGGUCUGUACCGCAGCUCGGUAGGUUUGCGCACCGCCGGCAGGCCAACGAUGCCCCGGGUUGUUGUGCAUGGACAGCCGGGGGUGGGAUCGAUGCUCCUAGAAGGCUUUCACACUAUCAGAUGCUGCAGGGACAAGUUGGUCUGGCCCUGCAGUUUUACAUUAAGAAUGUUAAGUUCCUGUGUGAUAUCAACUAA